UCCUGAUGUGUAUUGUCACUUUUUUUCUAAACAGAUAUAGGGACGGAGAUAUUUUUGGAGAUGGCCUUUAUUGUUAUGAACUGUUCUGCGGACACAAUGGAAGUGUUCGCUACCCCAACAGGGGCCACGUUGUUCUCAAUUUACUUCGUCUUAAUAUGCAUCUGCUCAAUUGUGGAAAAUGUUAUCAUCUUGACGGCAAUAAUUCGCGUAAAACGACUACACAAACGUCGGAAUAUCCUCAUCUUCAACUUAGCUGUGACGGACUUAAUGGCUGGCGUAAUUUAUCCUUGUAGUACUUUUUUAAACACAGUCUACAUGGAAAGCAUUGGCUUUAUUAUAGGUAUUGUAUCCGUCUUCACCAUCCUCGCAAUCGCCACCGAACGCUUCCUGAAGAUUGUUGUAUUCCCGAAGCGUAGCAACUCGUACAUUGGCACUACACGUCAACUUGUGGGAGCAUCGAUUUUUGCAUGGGUGAUACCGUUGGUCAUCAUAUUUCCUCUUUCAUUAUAUGACGAUACUCUACAUAUUGUUAUUUCCCUUACUCUUGGACCACUGUGCAUUUUUGUUGUGAUGACUGCAAUAUCUGUACUCUACUUUGCAAUAUAUAUCAAAAUACGCUCUCAUGAUAAACGAAUGCAGACUAAUUUAAACCGAACCGAAAACUAUAGUCUCACUAAGCUUGUUCUAAAGGCAUAUGUUGUCAUAGUCGUAGUGUACGCUAUUUGUUGGUUGCCUUGGGCGAUAGAAUCUUUCAGAAUUAUAUACACAACUUAUUAUGAUAUCAUUGACGAAAAAAGUCAUUGUAUUGCCUCAACUUUGGCUUUCUUUAUCGGUGUUGCUAUGGUAUUGCUAAAUUCCGCCGUAAACCCGAUUAUUUAUUGGCUUAGGUUACCGGAUUUCAGGAAAGGGAUUCCGGAAUUGUUUGGUUGUUGUAAAACAAAAAAUACUUAAAGCGUACACAAUUCUAGUUCUCAAAAUACAACCUCUGUUGGCCAUAUUACCCAUACAGACGAUUUAAACUUAACUCAACAAGAUCGUAAAUAGUGUAACAACAUGUGCUAGGUAAUGAUAUUUGAUACAUCUUUACAAAAAAUGUAUUAUAUAAAAUAGUGAUGCCUAUAUAUACGGUAUAGACAUUUUAAACAUUUUUUAUAAUAAUUUGUAACAAUGAUUAAAAAUAAUUAUGUUUAAUUGCUUGAUAUUAAUCUUCUA